AUGGAUCUUUCACCUUUCAACGAAUCCAAUCCACAUCCUUGCCAGAAAUUCCUCGCGGACAAAGUCCUUAAGCAUCGGAGCAGUUAUCGUUGGCCUACGAAGCCAAAUAUUGCCACCAUAGCUGCUAUCACACUCAGCAUCCUCCCUGACUUGGACGACAUCGUAAUCUCUUUCUUGAACAAAGGUCGCAGCCACACCGUUUUCAAAAUAUAUUCAAGUGGCAACCAAAAAGUCAAUUACGUGUUCCGUGUCUUCCCUGUAUCUGAAGUCAUCGCCUAUCAUUCCAGUCGAAAACACGAGCUAGGCUAUGAUUGGGCGAUAACCACAUUUGUUGAUGGUCACCCUCCAAAUGGACUAGACGAGAUACCCAAAGCUGGCUUCUAUGAAGAACUCCAAGGCUUGAUGGAGAAGCCUACGAAGCUGCCGAAGUUCAAACUCAUUGGAAGUAUAUAUUUUUCAAGCAAUCUCAUAGCCUCGAGAUAUCACUUGAAUAGUGGAAAGAAAUAUAAUGAGUUCUUCGCUGUUGGACCUAUUGUUGACGUGUGGCUCAACCCAGCGCUCUUUUUCUUAGGUGCUCCUUCAAAAACCGUGGGCCUUUCGCCACGGUGUCCAACUACCUCAUUGAUGAAGUUGGUUGGUGAGAUUCUCAAGCGCUUGUUCCGAAUUGGAGAGAAUAUUGUCAAGGGGUACAAAUGUGACCAUUUCACAUUAGUACACACCGACUUGCUGUACUGCAACAUCAUCUUGGAUAACUUGUCCAAGAAGAUCAACGGCAUCAUUGAUUGGGAAGGGGCUGUGAUUCUGCCUGGCUGUUUUUCUCCAGCGGUCAUCAGCGUUGGCACUUCUGACUUUCCUCAGACCAUUGGAGCUUGCCGGGUCGUGCGUCCAAGUCCAAGUACCGGAGAUAAUGAUACGAUCAAUAAAUCUGGUGGAGAAGAAGGAAGUCUAGAGAUGAUGCGAUGA